AUGGAGAAGCUAUUGCCGCUGACAGCAGGGGAAAGUGAGCCUAUUGUCCACUGUGGGGGGCAUUCUCACAAGGACUGCUGUGAACGGGUGGUAAUAAAUGUUUCUGGCCUACGAUUUGAGACCCAAGCAAAGACCUUGAGACAGUUCCCCGACACUUUACUGGGUGACCCUCGGCGGCGUGUGCAGUACUACGACCCACUGCGCAAUGAAUACUUCUUUGAUCGCAAUCGGCCUUGCUUUGACUCUAUCUUGUAUUAUUACCAAUCUGGAGGGCGGCUUCGAAGGCCAAUCAAUGUCCCUAUUGAUGUUUUCUUGGAGGAACUCAAAUUCUAUCAGCUGGGGGAAGAAGCUCUCACCAAAUUUCGUGAUGAUGAAGGAUUCAUCAAGGAAGAAGAGCAGCCUAUGCCUGAGAGAGAAUUCCUCAAACAAGUGUGGCUACUCUUUGAACAUCCAGAGAGCUCCCAGGCUGCCCGUAUCAUUGCGAUAAUUUCAGUUAUGGUCAUUCUUAUCUCCAUCGUGAUUUUCUGCCUGGAGACUUUACCUGACUUUCGGGAUGAGAGCGACAUCUCUUUGCCACUUGUCCACCAUCAUUUGAAUAGCAGUGUGAUGCAUGCCCUGCCAACACCAAAGUCUCAUUCUGAAGACCCUUUCUUCAUUGUAGAGACCAUUUGCAUCUGUUGGUUCUCCUUUGAACUCCUGGUACGGUUCACAGCCUGCCCAAGUAAGCCAGCUUUCUUCAAGAAUAUCAUGAACAUUAUUGAUUGUAUAGCCAUCAUCCCUUACUUUGUUGCCCUUGGUACCGAGCUUGCACGCCAGCGUGGGGUAGGCCAGCCUGCCAUGUCAUUGGCUAUUCUCAGAGUCAUCCGGUUGGUGAGAGUCUUUAGAAUCUUCAAACUCUCCAGGCACUCCAAAGGAUUGCAAAUCCUGGGUCAGACGCUUAAAGCCAGCAUGAGGGAGCUGGGCUUGCUCAUCUUCUUCCUCUUCAUUGGAGUCAUCUUGUUCUCUAGUGCUGUCUAUUUUGCAGAAGCUGAUCAUGAAAAAACAAAUUUCAGCAGCAUCCCUGCUGCCUUCUGGUGGGCUGUGGUUACCAUGACGACUGUGGGAUAUGGUGACAUGUACCCUGAAACUAUUGGAGGCAAAAUUGUGGGGUCCCUCUGUGCCAUUGCUGGAGUACUCACCAUCUCACUUCCAGUGCCUGUCAUUGUCUCCAACUUCAGCUACUUUUACCACCGAGAGACUGAUUGCGAGGAUCACGGUCAAUACAUCCACAUUACAACCUGCCCAUAUACCCCACCACCAUCUCCAGAACUUGCUGCCAUCCGAAAGAAGGCUCACAACCAAGAGAAGGCUCAACUUAGGGAGAAACAUUAUGGGGACAAAGAACUUAUUGUGCCCAGUUCAGAGUUUCUAGAUGGCAUGGUGCCUAUGGGCAACUUAGAAGUGCCCAACAGACGUCUUGUGACCCAAGUGUGA